AUGGCUGUGACAAACACAUGGAACCUUUAUUUUUUUAGAGUGCAAAUAGAGAAAAUAAGUAGAGUCACAGGUCAGCAUAACAAGCACAAAAAUGACCCGUUUCCCAUCUACACAGUGAUCGACAAGCAGUGCAAACAGAACAGAGAAGGAGACCCCUGGUUUGAGAUCAGUCCACAUGAAGCAGGUUAUUCUCUCAUUGGAGCGUUUGUGAAAACGUCCAGCUUCGGCAGCCAGUUUGACGACGGCUGUAAGAUCAAGGACCAGCCUGAAAUGGACAUGCUGUACCUGCAAGUCACAGGUCAGCAUAACAAGCACAAAAAUGACCCGUUUCCCAUCUACACAGUGAUCGACAAGCAGUGCAAACAGAACAGAGAAGGAGACCCCUGGUUUGAGAUCAGUCCACAUGAAGCAGGUUAUUCUCUCAUUGGAGCGUUUGUGAAAACGUCCAGCUUCGGCAGCCAGUUUGACGACGGCUGUAAGAUCAAGGACCAGCCUGAAAUGGACAUGCUGUACCUGCAAGCUCUGUGUGGCAGCGCUAUAGCUGAUAUGGAUGAGAACAAAAACUAUAUCUGGCAAACUAUAAGAGGUUUAUUUUCUAGAAUUAUAUCUAGAAUAGAAAAUGGGAUGAUUGAGGGAAUGGAGAAAGAUCCAAACUCGCCACCUGCAGACAAGUGUUCCCAGGUGCUCAUGGAUCUCGUGGUCAUGAAUCUCUCUGUUUUGAAUGGCAUUGAUCCUUUUGAUCUUCACGAAUCCAUACGAACAAAUCUGAACGAGCUCACUGGAGGCAAAAGUCAGCAUAUUUUUCAAGUGGAAAAACUGAAUCUCGCUGAUAAAGAAGCUGCAAAACUGCACAUGAGGAAGUAUACCUUGGAUAUUUGUGCAUGCUUGAGCGUUUCGUUUAGUUUCUGGCCAUUCAAUGUUUGCUUCAGCAUUUGUAAGUGUGCGGUUUGGAGGAUCUGGGGCACGAAAUAUGACUUUCUCCACAACAUGACAGAUAAAACAGUGCCUCGUGCUCUUCUGGAAAGUGAGACGAGAGACUAUAUAGACGCCGGAGUGUUGCUGAACUCACCCUACUUUUCAGUGCUGAGAGAAGAACGAGACAUUGAUCUCAUCAUUUCCCUGGAUUUCAGCGACGACGAUCCUUUCAUGACAGUGAGAGAAGCUGCUGAGACCUGCAAGAAACUAAAGAUCCCUUUCCCUGAAGUCAACAUUCCCAGUGAAGAUGUGAAGAAACCGAACGACUUCUAUGUGUUCAAAGGCAAAAACGCUCCAACCGUGAUUCACAUCCCUCUGUUUAAUGUGGUCAACUGUGGAGAUGAUAUUGACACCUGGAGGUACAAAUAUGGCACGUUCAGUUCUUCCUACAGCGCUGAGAUGAUCACUAAGCUAAUGGAGGUCGCCGGAAAAAACAUCUCAAACAACAGAGCCAAACUGUUGAAGCAGAUUCAUGCGGCCAUCGGGCAAAAGCAUAACAAACAACACUGUGACUAA